CGCAUGUCAAAAUUACAUGUCAUUCACACAUCAUUUUAUUUUCUGAUAUCGUGAAAACGAGUUGAAUUCACCUGAAUUUUGUGCAUAAUAUUUGGAUGUGGUGGCUAAGAGCAUGUGUAUUUAUUCAAGGAAGACCUUUGUGACAAAUAAAACACCUAGGAUAAUUAAAUAAACGGACUCCAAUUUCGGUGGUUGAUGGUGAUUUUGACUCUAUUCGCAAAUCUUGUUCUAUCUUUUUUGGAUUUUCGCUUGAUUUAUCUUACGUGAGAUUUUACGAAAGUGUCCUUUUAAUAAAUUCCUUACGCGAUGUGAUUGGGUUCCUAUUUUCUCAUUACUUUCAGUGUAGUGUUAUCUAUUUUUGACUUCAAUUUGUUCUAAAUAUACUCCACGAUAGUGUUUUGAUGAAUUGCUACGGAAGGCUUAAAUUGCAUAUAUGGCGCCAAAAAUAAUGAAGAAACACCGCAUAAAACCAACCUCAAAAGUAUUCCUAACCAGCGUCUGAAUUGAAAAAAAAAAUGCAAUCCGUCAACCACCGUCCAACCAGAGCGCCGAUUUCAGUGAAAAAAUUAAAAAAGAAAACCAUCGAGCUUAAAAGAAUCAUGUGUUCCAGGGUGGAGAGUUUUUAAAUCGGAAUUCCUUUUUCGAAUAGUCUUUUUGAAGUAAUAAAAAAAAAUAGUUGCCUUCUCUAUUAGUGUUAGUGGUCAUUGGUCCAAUACUAACUUUUUUCUCUAAAUUGGUGUUGUCAUAGUUUCAUUAGGAGCUGUUUAUUCCAUUGUGUGCAAGGUACAUAUAACAAUAAGCUAUGGAGAGUACAGACAGUGUUAGCGGUGCAGAGGAGGCGCUUCUCAAUCGAAAUAGGAGUUUCAAAUCCAAACAGCUAGUGCGGAGCCAAGCGAUCCGCGAAUCCACAUCGCCGCCCCGCACCGCCUCUCCCUCCACCGAAAUCGUCAUCGAAAAUAUAAAAGUCGAUAACGACAAAACAAUUAUAGACAAAAUGACAGUGGACGAAAAAAUAACGGUUACCGAAAAAAUAACGGUUAACGAUAACGGUGAUAUAAUUACAGACACGUCUAGUCAAAGUGGUGAUACGUGUAUCGACGCGAAUAGUUUUAGUGAUAGCAAAAGUAAUUAUAGUGAUGAGUUUAAGAAGCAAACUGUAGAGAUACAGAUCACGCCUGGAGCAUGGGACGAGCAGACAGAACAACGGCAGCGCACCAAGCGCUGGCUUGGACACCGCCACCACUCGGACUCCAGCCGCGACCUGCUCUCCAACAACCCCAGGGUGGCGUGCGUGUGCGGCGCAUGCGCGGCCUGUCUACACUGCCGAGGUCGUCGAAGGAAAAACUUGUGUCCGACGAAACAAGACUCCGGCAUCGUGUGCUCCGACGAUUGUCCGGAUUGCUCCGAUUCUGAACAAUCCGGUACGCAUAAUGAUGAUGGACGGAAAUCGGACACACUUGACGACGACCAAACGAUAUAUUGCAGAUGUCCAGACAGGAAAGAUGUUAAGCCAAAAGCUAUAUCGUUAAGCAGAAAUGACUCGGAAGAUAAAUCGGAGCCGAGCGGCGCCGAGUUAGUGACUUUCAUCAAACAAACGCUGAACAAAAACGCGAGAGAUAGAAUGACGCUGCUGAAAAUCGAAAAGGAGUUGCGGGCUCUGGUGAACGAUAACGGUCGAUGCAUCGUCCGCUUCCCGGUGAUGACGUCAUACGGCCGUAUGCUGGUGCACCGGUGCGCCGCACUCUUCCAACUGUCGCACCACCUCGACCAGAAUAACAAGAGCUCCGUGAUGGUGUCCAAGAGCGGCACGAGCGGCGGCCGGAUACCGUGCACUGGUUUCCGGCAGUGGUGCACGGCCACGUUCCCGCCAAGUCCGCAGCACAACCACCAGGACACGCUCGCCAAGUCAAUAUUGAAGCGCGACACCCAUUCUCUAGAUGAACCCGGCAACUGUUCCCUAGCCAAUGCCCGGAGCAAGUCUCUGGAGCAGAGGGAGAGGGAAUACGAGAGAGUGAGACGGAGGAUAUUCAGUACUGAUAACUGCACACAAGAUGAAUCUCAUUGCUUGUGGGCCAAUUCCGGCCCCGUCAAACUUUUGACCGCCGAGCCUGGCAGGAAUAAGCUUUUGAAGGUGCAAUCGUUGGAGAGUAGCUCGGGGCCUCAACAAUCGUGGCGGGGGAGGGGCGCGGUGGCUAAAAGUCAUAGUUUUGGAGGCUACGGCGGGACCCAGGUUCAGUACCCGCCCACCACUAGGGUCCUCAGCAAACAGGGGGAUGUGGCGUCAAGCAGCUGGCGACUGUCGCCCUCCAGCUCUGGGUACAAGACCCUCAGUCUCAGCACGGAUUCCGUCUGCUCACCCACUGGGGGUGUGAGUCCCGAGCCGCUGUGCCCGGGCGGGGGCGGGGGCGGGGGCGCGGGGGGCGUCGUGUGGUGCGUCACCGACCUGUGCUCCGUGCCGUCCGGGGCCAUGCUCAUACACCCACAGACCGGGCGGCCGCUGACGAACCCUGAUGGCAGCAUAUACCAUUUCGACCCGGCCAACCCGCCCACGCUAUACGACUCCAGUUAUACCCAGUUGGACCAGGAGAAGAUCGAUGCCAACGAAAAACGCAAGGGCCGAUUGGAAAAGCAACAUUCUUUCAUAGACAAUGAUUGCGAAUGUCAAUUGUCUGAAGAGUGCAGCAGGAAGUGUUGCUGCGAGUGUCGGAGACACGACGUCUGUCAACAGAAGAACAAUUUGGACAAGGCAAACCAACAACCCGAGCAGAAAUCGAAACCAACGACUCCAAUAAAAACCCGUUACGAAAACCAAACCAACCACAAUUCAAACCAAACAGAAUUGAACCACAAAAAUUACGAGAUCCCAAAACCCGAAACCCAAAGGCAAUACGACACAAAACAUUACGAAAACUCCGAUAGAACCUUCGAGAACAAUCAAAGAUGUGAAACAAGCAAUCAUAGGCAGUAUGAUCAUCAACAGCCGAAUCAGAGACAGUUUGAACACCCGCCGCCCAAUCAGCGGCCGAACGAAGCGGCCAAUCAGAGGCAAGUGGUGAACAAGCUGACCAAUCAGGAGUCGCAGGAGAUGUACGCUACGCAGUAUCCGACUGGAGUUAGGAAUGACGAGGUGACGUCACCGCAAAUGAACCAGUACCAACAGGAAGUAAACUUGCAAAUAAUGGCGCAAGCGAAACUCACUCCUGUGUCUAUGCCAGACCCUAAUAUACGUCCAAUGUCGCUUACCAACGUGAUGUACCCGACGAUAGCUCCAGGCUAUCCAUACGUCAAUCAGUGCAGAAUGGAGACGCAGUUACAGCCGAUGUACCAAACUAUGAUGGCGGAAGAACAGAAACAAGUGGCGCCCUCUCCACACCCAGUCGACAACACCUUUAGGAUUGAUCCGAGUUAUCCAUACGCGGGCGUGGACUACAGUCAGUGCGGCGCGUGCGUCGAUCCCAACGUGGUGCAUCAACGCAGCUACAACGUGUCGUACGGCCCAGUGGAAGUGCCAGUAUUGCCAACUUACCCCGUUGGCAACAUGGUGUUGCCACAAUCGCCGAUGCAACAUUACCCGUACGGCGAUCCCCUGCAGUGGACCAACAGUAUGUUGCCGAUGGCUCCGAAGCUCCUGGUGCCCGAUCUAUACCCAGCCAUGUAUCCGUGUCCGCAAUAUAAUGUUUAUCCACAGCUGGUGCCCCCCGCGCCCCCGGCGCCCCCGGCGUGCCCCCCGCAGUGGGCCGCGUGCGCGCGCCGCUACAAGCCGCUCUCCGACAACUCGCACGCUGCCGAAGAAAAGAGCCUAAGUCGUCAAAACUCAAACGAAAUCGCGGCCAAAAUCCAGCAAAUCAAGGAGCAGAUGUCUCAACUCAACACGAGAGAUAGAAGGGAAGAAUGGAGGACUGGAUCCGGUAUACUUGGCAGUUGUCCAGCUGCUAAUAACGAACGUCGCACACCGAACGACGAAACUCAGCUAUCCAGCGCGGCGCGCGCUAUUGUUAACUCCAUACGCAAUAUGCAGGCCAAAUCUUUGCAACCGGAGCGGCGCGCGGAGCGCGAGCGGCGUCGCCCCGACGACCGCGUGUACCCCACGCUACUGCGACAGAUGUCUCCCGGCACCUGGUGCAGACGAUCACCAGCUGCCGUUCACCCAGUAUUGAACCAUCCGCGGCGACCUCACCCAGACAACAGGAACCAAAGGCGUUAACAUGCAUGAAAUAAAAUCUUAGUGAGGCAGUUAUCAUAUUUUUGUGUUUAACGAAAUAUACUUUUAUAUAAUUUAAAACUUUAGCACACUAUAACAUGGCUCCCCCUCGGCAAGACGACGUUCUUUGAAAAAUUAUCUUUGAAGCGUCAACAAGCUAAUUUGUUGUCAAUGUAAAGUAUGUCUUUAGGGGACGUUUUAAAGCUCACUUUUCAAUGAACGUCGGGAGAGCGCUGAAGUAGAAGUGAUAACAGACCAUAUCUGAUUAACAAAACACUCGAACAAAUAAACGAUGAUAUUUUUUUCUGACUUUACAUAUACUGAGUUGUAAACAUAUGUACAGAAUUAAAAAAAAAAACAACAAGAUAUGUGUCAAAAUUCAAUUGUAGCCCCUGUGGUCUGUAUGUUUCUUCUGGAAUGCUAAUUUGAUGAUGAUAAUUUAUAAAUUAAGUUUCUUCUAUUUAUUACUAGCGCAUGUCACUGCCUCACAGAGUUAUGCAUGCGACAGAAAUGUCAUUAUUUUAUCAACAAAAAACCGUUUUAUUACACAAAAAUAAUAAACAUAAAAAUUACAGUAAUACAGAGAAAAUGUCAUGUAAAUGCAAAAAUAUCUUUCAGACUACCUUUUCAAAUAAAAAAAAAAUUAAAGCAAAUAUGAUUUGUCCCAAUAUUUAGCAUACCUUACACCCAUGGCUUUUGACAAUGGCAUCCGAAAUUGAAUAAACCUUAUUUAUUUGCUUGCAGCAUUUUCGGUAGUUUCUUUUUUGGAAAUAUUGGUGCACGUUGUAAAAAUCAAUUAUAUUAAAUCAUUGCUUUUUAAUAUCAUUGAUUUUUACGGCAUAAUAAUCAGUCAUCAAAAUUUGCACUUGAAAUUGUGACAAUAUAACAUAAGGAUUAUAGAGAGAGAUAGAUGUCAGAAUGAUAUACAAAUGUUUAUUUACAAAAAAAAAUACGCAAUUUUUUCUUGAGAAAAAAAUUUAUACAAAAUUAUUAUAAGACCAAGUUGUGUCACACCAAACUCAAGCAACUUUUAUACCAAGACUUUUCGUGAUUCGUAGUUUUAUUUUUCAUAUAUAUAAAAAAUAAUCUAAUUUGCGAUUCUGCACAUUUUAACUCUAUGUAAUAGCCGAGCAACACGAGACAGUACAGUGUCGUUAUGUAGCGGAAUCGAACAUUGUGGUUUUGAAAAUAAUAAAUUUUCUAAUAAUAAAUUACUUUUUUCCAUUAGUAGAGUUAUUCUAUAUUUAAAUGCAAAUUCAAUAAUGGAAUAAAAUAUAAUGUCUACCUCUCUCUGAAUCUAUGAUAUACAUAUCAUAGACAAAAUCGAUGAAAACCACAGCGCAAAGAUCUCACUGUAACCAAAAACUAGUCAUUUUUUUUUAAAUACCAGAAAACUAAGGCAUAGAGUUAAAAAUAUUAGUGUUUCAAAGUUGUAUGGUUUUUGUCGAUUUUAUACCUAUCGCUUUUGGAUUGAAAACGGUCGGAAAUUGUAAGAUUCAGAACUGAUUUUAAUCUGAACUUUAACUGCGAUAACAGUAAGAUAUAAAAUAAGUAACUAUUAUUUGUCAAAUUUGUUUACAAACUCCGUUUUAAUGUCUCAACAUGUCUAUGUAUGAUUUUUACAGCAAUGUAAAUUAAAAUUGACUUUUUAGAUAAUUACUUUCGUGGUUAAUGACUGAUAUUAAAUAUUGAUAUUAGUUAUAAUAACUGAUAUUUGAUUUAUUUUCAAUAAAAUUUAACAAUAAUUACUGUGAAAAUUGUUUACAUGAGUCUUAAGAAAAAACCUAGAUCUAGCCGGCUAAACCUUGGUAUACACAGUCUGAUAUGUGUGCGCAUGUAAAUCCGCCUAUAUUUUAUGCGACAAAAUUUAACAUUCAAGCAAUCCUACCAAUUUUAUAAAUGCGUAAAUUUGUGAGGAUGUAUGUGUGUAUGUUUGUUAUUAUUUCACGCGAAUUCUACUGGGCGGAUUGUUUUGAAAUUUGGUAUACAGAUAGAAUAUACACAUGGAAUACUUUUAUCUCGAAAUUCCCACGGAGCGAAGCCCCGGGGCGCGGCUAGUAAUGUGUAAAUAACUUACUGUUAUCGCCUCGCAAUAGGUAUUACCGGACGUGACACAUAGUAUAUAAGUUUGAUAUUUUUGGACGCAAAUUCAGGUGCAUUUAAAAAAAAAACUAAUACCAAACAUUCAAAUUAAAAACGCUCUUUGUUUUAACCAGAUUUUGACAUAUUAUUCUUUUGAUUUUGUACACGUCAUUGGAAUCAGAUAUUUAAUUGACGCCUAAAGGCGUCUGACAUGACUUGACAACUACCGCUACACAUAUAUUCUAUCCCUGUUAUUCAUAAAGUUAAAACAUAUUUAAAUUAAAGUAGUAUUAUCUCUUUCUGUCAAUGGGAUUAUAAAGUGCCAUAGUGACAAAACUUAAAGUAUAUUUUAACUUCUUUUGUGAAUAACAAUGUAUGUCUUGUCUAUGACAUAAUAUUAUACAUAAUUGUAAAUAAGAGUGUAACAAUGCCUCAGUUUGUGUCCACGAAUAUCAUAAUUUAAGUUAAUAAUAUUCUUAAGUUUAUGUAUACUUUAUCGUGUUUGUUUUUUGUAAACCAUUUUUUAUACUAUCCCUUGGUCCAUUUCAACAUUGAUUUUCAUCAAAAAUUCAGCUUUUCGUAUUUUUGAUGAAAAUUCAACAGAAUAAAAAUAUGAAAAUGAUUAAAGUCGAAUUGAGGUUGUUUAAAUCGGAUGCUUUUCACGGAAAAACGUAUCCCAAUAUAUAAUCAAAGGAUAUAUUAUAUCCUAUCCAUAUCCUACAUAUAUCUUAAGUAAAUUGGUUCAAAGCACGGUUAAUAAUUCUAUUCGAUUCCUUCCGAUUCGACGCCAUUUUGAAACGUCUCGGUUCAUAAUGUGCAAUGGUCUCGUACAUAUCUCAGAAUGAUCAAUUGUCAUAAUGUGUGAUUCGAUAUAUAUGUUCCAAUUCUCAGCUAAAUACAUCAUCUACAUACAAAAACUAGAAUACAGUUGACCACGCAUAUUCUGCCAUUUUGAAGCUUUAGAAAUUUUGACAAUUGGACAUUACGAACCAAAACGCUUUUAAUACAAUAGUUCGGUUUAAUAUUGGAAUCAUUGUUAAGCCCGCUCUGUACAUGAACCGACGUUGCAGCCAAUCGACGUUCAGAAUAACAAGACACUCCACGACAACAGGAAAAAUUUUUAAAAGUAAUUUUCUUGUCAAAUUUUUUCAACAGCAGCGACGGGUUCAUCGAGCCAGAUAAGUUUGCUCAUACAUUAUGCUAUUCCGUCUCAUGUCAACGCACAACUCGUGCGUUGUAAGCUCACCAAGCAAUGUACGUCGGCUGGCCGCAACGUUGGCCCAUUGUUGGCCCUUAGGUGUAAGAUACUAUUUGUUGUGUUACAAAAUACUUCGGAUUAAAUGAACGGUUCUUAAAUGGACAUACAAUAACCAUUAAUUAACGGUAAAGGCGUGGUUUCCAUUGUGCAAGUAUCUACCUUCAUGCAAGUAUGACGUCACAAUUGCGAUCAAGUUAAAUUCAUUGGAAACGUGAUUUCUAAGACUUGCACGUCGAAUGCAAGAUUUAAUUUGCAUGCAAGCGUUUGAACCAGAGCUUGUAUCAGAAUUCAGCUGGGAGACGAGUUGUACAACGCGGUUACAUGUGCACACGAGCUACAUAAAAAAUGUGCGAUCUUGAGGAAUACGGGGGAAAUUUCGAGGGAAAUUCAAUAAAAUAGGAUGUUGUUUUUGUCGUCUGUGUGUAAUCAAACUUCAAGAGUUUUUUUUUUCUUUUUGACAAUUAAAAAGGCGACAUUUUGUUGACAUUGACAGCUCAGUCGUUAGACACUACAGUUGCACGUACAAAUUAAAAGCUAUCAGCGUGCAACUUGCAAUUUGUAUGCAAUUGUUGACGUAACCAUUGCGCGAAUUGCAUGCGACUCGACUUAAGUGAAAAUAAUACUGAUUUAAUAUUGUUUUUGGAACGUAUCUGAUUAUACCACAGACAGACAUAGAUGUCAUUAAUUGCUUGUUUUAGAUUAAUAAAUAUAAAAUGGUUAUUCAUAGAGACUACAACAUGUAGUUCCUCAAUCCAGAGCGACGUGUGUGUUACACCUGGAUUUGCCGCGUCCUAGGCUGCGGUAACCACUUGCCAAUCAGCCCCGCAUACCUGUUUGCUUGCUCAGUAGCAUAUAAAAAAAAAUUAAAACGAAAAUACACAAAUACUAGCGUCUCGCCGCGGCUUCGCUCGGGUAAAACCAUAAUAAAAAAGUAGCCUGUGUCACUCCUGAACGUUUCGCCUAUCUUUUAUCAAUUACAAACAAAAAUACAAAUCUUUUCUAUAUAUAAUAUUAGUAUAUGGAUAGGCAAGUCUGAAACAUACCACGCGCGUUGACAUGAAUGAAUGAAUGAAUGAACCAAAAAUUAAACACCACAACACAAAAUAAUGAUAACAAACAUGUAAGUAAUAAAAUCUUAUCAUACAAGUACAAAUACAAGUGUGUAAGCGAGUUGUCACGUUGUACCGUGGGUUCAUUUCGGCAAAUAGACGCAUUCUGCAUGUGUUGCAGUCACCUCAGUCAGUAAUUACUAUGUCUACAUUCGUAAUUCUGCGGUAUAAUUAGUAUUGAAAAUCUAUUGUUAUAAUAAUUUUUUUAUGAGUUAUGGCAAUACAUAACUUGCAUUAAAUUCCCCAUCAUCAUUCAUCCUUAUUCAUAAAAAUAUAAUUAUAUUAAAUCUGUUUUAGUAAAAAAUACGUUUUAACUGUCUCUCAGUUUAAAAAUUGAAAAGUGAGACACAUAUUUAAAUUAACAUUGGUGGAGUUUAUUUUCUUGGGAGAAAAUGUGUGUUGUAUGUCCGUUUGUAAGGCCGUCUGUCAAAAAGAAACAAUACCAAAUAUCGCAUAAUGACAGUAAAACUGUCAGUUGCCGCAGCGACAUUAUAAGGUAUUAAUAAAGGAGUUUAUUGUAAUGUAGAGUAUAUAAUUGUUAAUAUUAAAGAUUUUAGCCUAUA